CCAACACUUAUCAAACUCUCUUCCUACCUUCGAAACAAAAAAUUCUCUUCUUCCCAAACACUCUGUAAUCAUAAUCAUGGCUUCUUCCGAUAGCGAGCGCAAUCCAAAUUACACAACGCCUGAAGACCUUGUUUUGUGCCAAGCUUGGAUGGAAAUUUCACAAGAUCCAAUUAUCGGUCGUUAUCAAUCUUCACCAGCUUUCUAGAAAAGAAUUGGAGAAGGAUAUUCAGCAAAUGGCUUUAUGAUCAAUCGUACUAAUGGCGCCUUGAAGACUCGAUAGCAGUUUUUCAACCAUUCACGUCAGAAGUGGUAUGCGGCAUUGAGGGAAGCAAAUGCUAAUCCACCGAGCGGAACUAACCAAGUAGAUGUGGUUAGUCAACUUCUAAAAUAUCUAUAUUUAAUUAAUGGUAUAAUUUUAGUGUUUUAAUUUUUAAUUGUGUUUAUUGUUUUCUAAUUAAUUGUGUAGAUCCGUCAAGCGAAAGAUAUUUUCAAGACGGACACGAAGAAAGACUGGAAGUUGGAAGAAUGUUGGCAACUACUCUAAGAGUGUCCAAGUUUUAUCCAACAAUUUUAUGCUCCCGUUGCACCCAUUCCACCAAUGGAUGGAUUUUAAUCGACUAUGUCAAGUGAUGAACCUGAUAGCCCCGGCCGGCCUUCAUGCAGUUGCUGCUCCAAGAAUGAUCAACCAUCCCGAAGGUCGAGAUCAACAAAAGAGGAAGAAAAUAGGAGGUGGUGAUUCUUUUGCCAUGGAAGCUUUUCAAAAGAGUUUGGCGGACAUGGCGGAAAGUUCAGCAACACAUGCAAAAUUGGCUGUCGGUAGGGAGGAAAGGGAGAAGGCGAAGGAAGCAACGGAAAAAUGUAGGUACGAGCGAGAAAUCAUGCUUCAGGAUCUUUCUCAAUUGGAUCCUCAACAAAGAGCAUGGUACCAAUUUUAAAGAGAUCAAAUUAUGUUUGCGUACCAAUCAUCACCACCUUCUACACCAGCUUGUACACCACCUGGAGGAUCUUCCAGUAGCCCAUUUGAUGAUACUUACACCCCAGACCAGUAGUCUCUAGAAGGUUGUUUGGUUUAUUGUUGAUGUAUGUUUUAUUUUUAGUGUAUUUGAUUUAUGUACUUUCAAUUUACCCCCGAUGUAUCUUUUAUUUUCAAUGUAUCCUUUUUUAGGUUUUUGUUCAAUAUUUAAUGCAACAACUUUCUUUAUUAAGACACUAGAAAAUGGAGAAUACAUUGAUAACAAAAUG